UAAAUCAAUUUAAUAAAGAUUGAGUUUAACUUAUAUUAUGUACUCACUGACCAUUGGUAUAGCAUGCAUUUUUAACUGGUAUUAUUAAUACAUUGUUUGUUAUUAUCAUGUGAUACUUGGCAUAAUUUCAAGCAUUACGGUAACCGUUACGCCCGAAACUGUCACACUUUUCGUUAGAAAGGCGGUCCCAGCUCUAGUCUUUCGGAACCAUACUUACAGUAUGUUUUUGUUAUUAGUGAUUUGGGCCUUAUACUAUGACAACAGUUUCCAUGCAAUAAAUGGGUCCUGGCCUCGUACCUAUCCCAAUCUGAAGAAUUUAACAAAAUAAAUUUUUUUACUUUUUUUAAUAUUUUUCUUUUGAAAUCAAUUCUCCGGUGAUCUGUGACCCUACGGUCCUAAACAGAAAAUAUAUAGAAAAUUGAUCAGUCUGUUUUUCCUCUGUCCCCCCUUCCAUGUUCCUCUUCUCUUGUCUUGUAACUUUUGCUAACAGCAAAAUAUCGAGUGAGAGAUUGUGAGUAAACAGCGGUAGGUUGACGGUGUUAUUACUUAUCUCUGCCAUCAAAUUUUCUUAGCAUUUCCUCCUAUAUUUACCAGAGGCCCAGUGGGGACGCGAUUUACCUGCCAUUUUGGCUUUCCGCCCCUCUCUCUUCCCCCCACAGCUAGUCGCGGGCUUAAAACCUUGGAAAACGGUGUUAUAUUUGUCUAGUUCCCUACAGGCUAUGAUAUAAGAUCUUACAGCAGCUUUCCUGCAAUUCCCGGUCAUCCCCCAGUAGUGGCCCUAAUUUAAUUCAGAGAGCCAUUUGGUACCCUCUCUGCCUCCUUUCACCUCUCGUCUCUCACCCCAGCACCACCACCACCCCCAACAAACCAGUCCCUUCAUCCUUAUCCACACCGACUUUACCACCACCACACCACCACAAACGCUUCCAGAAUGCCCACUGAUCUAGUUCCUAAACCAACCGCCUCCACUCGUGGAAAAGCCCUGGAAGCACUGAGUGAGCUUGUGGACCUCCUUUGCCCAAACCAUCCCCACGAAUUGUCGAUUACAAACCCCAUGCCCACUGAGUCUAUUGAGGGAUAUAGCGUUAUCGUCGAAUGCUGCGAGGAGGACAUUGUCUGGGCGGUGCAAAUGUGGGAAAAUUGUAGUUUCAGAAGAAUCAGGCGCAGCAUGAGGGUUACCGUGCGCAGCUGUUAGUUCGCAUAUAUUCCAUUCUAUGACACAGCACAGUUACUAAUUCUAGAGAAUGGAAUGAAUAUAGUUGGAACCGGGACGGCGCCUAAAACUUUCCUUCGCACUCUUAAAGUUUGGGAAGGGCUCGUGUGUGAUGACAUCGUUAAGCUUCACAGACUUGGACGUCUUGAAAGAGAAUGGUGGAACUAUCCGGUGAUUCUAAGUGACGAACACAAGGAUGCUAUGUGCGUAUAUUAGUUUACUAAUUUUUUCUAUUUCUUUUUCCUUUUUUCCGUCUUCACCCUUCAACAUAACUAAUAGUGGACUCACUGAAAAAGUGAUUACUACAAUCAAGAACCCACCAACGAUGAUCCGGAAAACGAGAUAAGAGCUAUAGAGGCGGGAUAUCAGGGGCCUGGGGCGCACAAUGUCGCCCGCUAUCCUACCUCCCCUGAAGACUCUUCUGGGCUGUCCACUGCCCUGGAUACGAGCAGCUUGGAUGAGGACACCGAGGGUGAGGCCCUGAGCGAGGAGGGAACUGAGUACGGGGAUUAGUAUCCUAUAUCCUACACGCUGAGGAGGCUAGAGAGUUCACGCAUGGAAGUUAGAAUAUUUCUGUUACCGCUGCCUUAACGUCUUACCAAUAAUGUAAUCUUCCCACUCCUCAGACCAAUCCCCCCGAGAGCUUCUGAUGUGCAAUUAUCAUUUUGUCGCCCCCCCCUUCGUAUGAGUUCUCCGGAAAACAUCUCCCAAUCAAGUUCUAGUCAAAAGCCCUAAGAUGCUCGGGUAUGAGGAUAAUAAUUCACUACAUAUCAAUUGUCAGUCUGCAGAGUGUUAUGGAUUCUGGGAGGGCUUCGGUCGCUUUGUACAGUAGCACACAUUCCUAUGAUUUCCUACCUGAUACUUGUGCUGUCUAUUUCCGGCAGUGGUCGAAUCGGAAUAGAGAAAAUACUGCCUCUCCUGUCUCUAUGAUAAACUCACCUCGUGUGUUCUGAAGAGGGAGAGUGGUGGGUGCACUAUGUGAGAGCCAAACGUGAAUAGGCCCUUCAUCAUGACACCUGUUUGACACAUGGAACUAUUGUUGAGGCCGAGAGAACAAGAGGAGAGAAGCGGGAGGGGUAAAGAGAAAGACAUGAAACAAAGAGAAGAAAAAGGAACAACGGGCUGCAAAAUUUGAAUGUAUUAGAAUUAACCAGAGUAUUUUUCAGCACGAGUGAGUAGGACUGAGGCCAAAGCCUAAAACAGAUCUACCAUGACUCGGCUUGUAUUAUAUAGUUAACCAACUCAAACAGCGGGUGGUUGGUAGAUCAGGCUCAUUCCCAUUUACUCCAUCUGGGUGUCACCUUCGAUUGCUUGAGAGCGGAAAGGAUUUUAUCCCGGGGGGCUAGGAUUUCUGGUAAUAAUUUGUCUAUACUCUUAGUAUUGGAAGAAUUCGGUUGAAAUUUUCUAUUUGGUUCAUAAAUAUAUUCCUCACCAAAAAUAUUGUUUAUUUGUUUACUUUGUUUAUAUUUCAGUAUUACCUGUACACUGUUUACAUUACUACAGCUAUGAGAUAGAUUGUAUAUAUUUCAUUUAUAUUUCAUAAUAACAGGAGUUUUUCACAUAUAACUUUCUGUUUGGUGUUUAGGAUUUCUCAAUUAUAUUAAUAGCCGGUUCCCCUCCUAUUUCACUGUUACUCAUAGUCAGUGGAAGCAAGUAUGAUGCAGAAGCAAGUAUGAUGCCCUAUAAAAAAAUAGGAGUUUUUAUUUAAGCUUAUUCAAUUCUAAUAGGUUUUCAUUCUACCAGUUAUUAACCAUAUAUCUAUAUUUACAUAUAAGAUAUAAAGUGAAUAAUAAACCUACUAUAGGUAGCUAUUAAAUUUGGGUAUGUUAAAAAAAAAAA